UCUCGGACCACUUUAGUGCAUCUGCGCAUGCGCAGAAGAUCGAUAGUACUGACGCUAUGUCGUGCAGACACUCCCUAAUGAUAACGAUAUUGCUCUCGAAAAAACUUUAACGUUUGAAUCGAUGGUGCUCUCCGCGUGCACAUCCUUCUCGAUUCUUGAAUCAAAUCGAUUCGGUAGAUGCAUCGAUCGCCCAGGCCCGUAGGCAAGUCUAAGCACCAUGCAUUGCUAGAUAGUACGAUCAGUGAGGUUAGCUUAGUGGAAGCACGUGUUUAACAGGGUUCGUUUUGUUCCACGGAUUGUAGACCUAUGUGUUUACGGAUUUAAUCAUGGGCGCAAUUCAAAGGAUACGACAACCAACUACAGGAAAAGGUAAGAGAUUCUUAAAAUCAAGAGCACCCAAAGCAGUUGAAAAUACUAAGAGAACUCUUUUUCUUCGUGGUCCCAAAUCCAGUCAAACUGUUGUGGAAUGUAUGAAAGAUUUUUGUCGUCUUAAGAAACCACACGGAACAUUUUUAAAUAGGAAAACCGAUUGGCGCCCGUUUGAGGAUGUGUCAAAACUUGAAUUUUUCUCUAAGAAAUAUGACUCUUCCUUGUUCAUGUUUGCAUCUCACAACAAGAAACGCCCCAACAAUUUGAUUAUAGGUAGAACAUAUGAUCAUCAACUUCUGGAUAUGAUAGAGCUAGGCGUUAAUAAUUUUAAGAACAUUGAAACCUUCAAAACUGAAAAAGUGUCUUAUGGAACCAAACCAUGUUUGUUAUUUUGUGGAGAUGAAUUUGAAUACAAUUUUGAGUACCAACGACUUAAAAGUUUACUUAUAGAUUUAUUUCAAUAUGAAGUAAUGGAGUAUGUACGAUUGCAAGGAAUACAGCACGUUAUUAUGUUCACUGCGACUAAGGAUACAAUAUAUAUGCGUAGUUACAGGAUCCUGUUUAAAAAGUCUGGUUCACGAACACCAAGAGUAGAACUGGAAGAGAUUGGCCCCUCGUUAGAUUUUAAUAUGCGGAGGACAAAGUUAGCUUCGGAGGAUUUGUAUAAAUUGGCUUGUAAGAAACCCAAAGAAUUGAAGGUCAAGAAAGUUAAGAAUAUUGAUACAAAUCCACUGGGAACAACACAUGGUCGUAUCCACAUUCCCAAACAGAACAUAAAUAAGUUGCAAACCAGGAAGAUGAAAGGUCUUAGAAAAACACCUGCCGAAAAAAGAGCAAAACGGAAAGACAAGGCAGAGAAGAGGACUCCCAAAUUGGGUGCAAAGAGGGCAGCUGCAGCCAAAAACACAUCUAGACCAGGAAAGAAAAGGAAGAUGAAUAAGAAAUAAUGUGUUUUGUAUUAUACAUAAUAUGAAUAAUUUAAUAUAAAAUAUCUCACAAGUUUAACAAUUGUACAUUUAGUUAAGACACCUUACUUCCCUUAUUAAUAAAACAGAUACAUUCAAUACUGAAAUGGUUAAUUUAUAUAUCAUAAACAGAUACAGAUGAUGAAAUCAUGAAUAUAGAUGUUGUCUCUUGAAAUUUCUAAUAUUGUACAUUUCAUUUUUUUUCUUUCUUCUUGUUUGUCCUCUGAACUGUUCAUUUGUUUCACACUGCUUUACCUCUUUUAAGUACAUACAAAAAUUUAGUAUUUGAACAUUCUUUGAAAUGUUUUUAAUGAAUGGUUUGAAUUAUCAAACAUCAUGUUUCUCAACAUGCAUCAUCAGUGUGAGUGGGGUUAGGCAAGCUAAAGAAAAGAAAUUUUAGCAUUAAGAUUCCUUCACAAUUAAAAUUUUAACAUUGAAACAAUGAACAUAAUACAAAUACAAAUCAUUAAAAUAAUCUUUAGAUAUUCUCAAUUUUGUAUUUAUUAGGAUUGAUGAAUUUGUGUUUGUAAACACAAUUACGAGGAAGUAAAACAAUUUUUUGUCAUUCAUACGGUACCAUAAAAAAGUGUUACAAAUACAAUUGGGUACGUUUGACCCAUGACAUAAAAUGCAUUAUUCUAUAAAAUAAGGUUCUUAUUCGACAUUUUAGUGAACAAAUUACCCAUAGAAAAUGCAAAGAAAAAACAAUUUUUUGCUGUAAUAUUGAACAUUUACAGUAUUGAAAAUAAUGAAUUAUAAUAUAAUUACCAGGUAAUUUUUCUCUAAAAAUUUGAAGUUGACCACAUAAGUAAUCAAAAUUAAACAAAAGAUACUACAAAUGUGACUUUUUGUUGUUUUUUUUGUUAGGUUUGACAUUUUAUUCCCGGGGCUACAGGGUAGGGGUUACCAAAUAAACAUAUAUUUUAUGUACUUAGAGAAGUCAAUUGAAAAUGUACAUCAAAUGUCACGUGGGUGGUAAACAAAUGUAAAUCACCAAAAAAGGCCUGGGGGAAUUAGAUUGUAUUCAUGGUACUAUAUGAGAGUUCAAAGAAAUUUUGUCCUUCCAAAGCUAAACAAUAGUGUUUUUUUAUACUAACACAAGAAUACGAACAAGAAAGUUUCAUGUUUGUAAGCUUGCAUAUUUGUUUAAUAAUUUCCAUUUUUGUUUAGACAAAUCAUUUCAGAAAUAGUGUAGCUGCAAAUUUCUCCGAAACUCUCUACUGUACUUUAAUAUGAAGAAAAGGACUAAAUGUUGUAUAAGAUCUCGGUAAUAAACAACACAUUCUAUAUUGUUGGUCAAGUUGGCUUUUUGUGAAAUGACAUAAUGCAAUUAAAUGCAAGAUUUUACCUCAAUAUGGUUGACUUUUGGACAGUAUCACACAUAUCAGAUUGUUAUUCGUUUGCAGCAUUUUAAUUUUUUUAACAAUUUGAUUCAAGUUUAUAGAAAUCUUUCAUGCUAACAUAUGAACAUUUACUGCCAAUUGUCAAGAAAACUUUUGAUAAAAAGACAUAAGAUGCCAAUCAUUCAAGUGCACUGUUGAUUUUGCGCAAAUCUAAUUUGAAAAUGGCCCUUAAUAAUUAUUGUGUGAAUUAGAUAAUACCAAAAUUACAAGCAAAGAAAAAUGGAUGUAUUAUACAGAACAUACUCCUUUCUUUAGAAAUAAUAAAAACAAUGUUCAAAUAUGAAUAAUGGUUUUGUGUACGAAAGUCUAUACAAUUAUGGAAUCAGAAAAGAUCAAAUCAGCCAAUGCUACCAUUAUUUAUUGACCAGACGUUGCAAUCACAGAGUGCACUAAUCCUGACUUUCUAUUGGAAGUGUGACCAAGUUUUUCUUGCAGUUGGUCAUUUUUUUAUUUACAUUUUAUAUCGGUCAUCAAGUUUUCCAAGAUUCUUUAAUUUUUCAUCUUGCAUUAUUUUGUUACAUCAUUUAAAUUUAAUUCAAUUAUGUGUUGUAAUAAUUAAACAAAUUUAAUUGCUUGUCUCUAGAGUGCAUAUACAGCUAACUAUGACAGGUACAAGUGACUAAGUUACAAAAGCUUACAUCUAAAGUUUAAAUAUAACAAGCUAUGAACAUAUGGAAGUACACAAUUCUGAGUAAGAGGGAAAAAUAAUUGGGUCAAGAAGUAUAGAUUCUUUUCUCUUGGAAUUUAGAUAAAUUGCCAUUUUUUAUACAAAUGGGAUAGUAAGAGCAUCAUAUUGUUGUUUUACAAAAACUGCUCUCCAAAAUUUUCUUUCGAACGUUUAGUGCUCCCCCUACGCACUGCAUAUCAGUGUCAGUCUUUUGGUCACAUCAAAGGAAGUAAACAUUCAUGGAGCAUAUCAUCGUUCAGGAUUGGGCAGCAGUAGCUUGUUGCUUGGUAAAUGCCCAAUGUGUGGAACCACACCUUAAUGCUUUGGCAUAAAAAUGUGUAAUAAGCAGCCAGCCACAAAGUCUAGUAAUCCACAAAACUAGGAGUCAAGAAUAUGACAAGUGGCAGAUAAUUUCACUGCUACAAAUACUACAUUCAUUUUCUCUGUCCUUUUCACUUUAUAUCCAUCUUUUUCUAACUAAAUAUGUACUAAUCAUUUUGAAAUUGAAUGAUGCAAAAACACUAUUUUCCAAGCUUCUCUUUACCCAAAAAGGAACUCAAGCUAAAAUCUUACUAAAAACACAAAAUAUAAGAUUCCCUCUACAAUUUGAAAUCGGAAAAUAGUUUCCACUGCAGUUAUGUUGGUUUGUAUAAUGUUUGCAACUGAAGAGCAAAAUAACUGAAUUGAUAGCAUAAGGCGGCAGUUUUUUUUUUUAUAAUGGGAAAGGUUGUGAAACACUCUGCCUAGCUACGUGAUUGAGUGAGACUGUAAUGGAAAUAAAGAGCAUCACGAACAAUUCUUCUCUGACGUAAUGGGACGUGCAACCUUUUAUCAUCUGCGUUCAGGAUUUAUAAAAAAAUUCUUUGAAAUUGUGAAUUUAAUGAACUAAAGAUUAAAAUGUUACUUUCUUCACAACAUAUUCAGAACAACACAAUUUCACUUAUUAUAAGUUGCGAUCUUUGAUUGGAGGAAUUGCAGCAUAUUUCGAAGAUGAAAAUUCCUGAAAUGGGCUCGUAUCUUGAUUCCUUCAACUCUAAGACCAAAAAUAGCUGAAGAAUAAAUGUACCUGAUAUUUAAUUAAGCUCGCUAUCCAAUUUGACAGUGUAAAACAAUUAAUUUAUCGUUUUCAACUUUGAAUCAGACUAGAAUUUAUCCAUUAAUUAAAUUUUUUAAAGAGAGAUCUGCAGAAUCAAGGGAUGGGUGUAUUCAAAGGGGGAAAAAUAGAAUGACCAGGAUAUUGAAUUACUUUAUACAAAACGAAUAACUGAAUCUGCAUCCAAACACCACAAUUAUUAUGCAAUUAUCAAAGAUAUUAGAAUUGCAGAUUUAAAUGGAAUGUGCUGUAGCUAUUAGUCUUUGUUAGUAGGAUCAAAUUAAUUGAAAUCGAGAGAAACUUCAAUCAUACAUCAAAAAUGCAAUCAAAAUGUAAGUAAAAAUUAAUUCCAUGAUUUGGCAUUUUAGCCUGCUUUGUAUUUAUUUCAGUAGCUAAAAGAAAUCAAAAUUAAGAUAUGAAAAAGUGAGAGUCUCAAAAGGAAAUCAAAUUAAACCAUAAAUUAAUCGUUAAGGUUUUUCUAAUUUUCGGUUCUUAUUUAACAGUAUGAUUUAUUUUAUUAUCCUGAAGCAACAUAGGCCAAAUGACUAUUUAGUGUCAGGUUGACAUCACAUCAUAUUACAUGAUUUCAAAAACAAAUUUGAUUAUAAUUAAACUGACAAUUCCCCAUUUUGGAAAUUUAGGGAUAAAACUUAUUUGACAGAGCCUAUUGGAUAUAGCAAUCUAGUACCCUACUUUUGUGUAGCCAUUUGAUCUCAGACUUAAAUAAAUACAAAUGUGCGUGUAAAAUUGAACAUUGUUUUAAGAAACUAAAAGAAUAUGUUCAUAAGAAAGACAUACAUCAUGUUUCUUUAAUUGCCCUACUUUUUGUAAAAACUAUCCCACAGCUGAUUUAUUGUCCAGCUAUUCAGCUGAUAGGUUAAUAAUAAAAAUAAAAUGAGCUGAUAGUCGGUUUUGCUCCAUUCCUGAUAGCAGAUCAAAACCCAUUUGAACCUACUGUUCCAGUAUGGGAACGUUGUUUCUUAUUGAUUUCUGAGAAGAAUCAUGUGACUUUCAUUCUAGUAUUACUGGCCACGUAUCACUCACCUAUGUGAGCAAUAAUGGCAUUUAUUGUUAUCUUAUUCUGAGUAGUACUUUUAAUUUGGAAAUCAACUGAUUUUUUUUAUAUAUGUUCUGGUAAAUUGAUACACUGAACUGUCCUUUUGCAAUUUAUCAAAUACUUAGAAGUCUUUCUUCAGAAGAGUAAUUCAGUAAAAACAACUCAAGACCUUUGAAAGUAAAUAUUGAUCUAUAAGGAAAAUUAGGUUUCUCAUUGCCAGCAUAUUUUCUCUUUGCAAAUUUCAUUGUAUUGGAACAUGUUGCUUUAUGUUAAUUUGUUAUGAUUUAUAUACUUAAUAAUUCUUUUGGUUUUAAAAUGAAUCAAGUUUU